AGCGGCCCCGUUUCUCUGCAGAAAAUCGGGGUGAACGUGACGGUGAGCAACAAGGAGGCGGUGCAGGGCAGCGACGUGCUGUUCCUGGCCGUGAAGCCGCCCAUCAUCCCCUUCAUCCUGGAUGAGGUGGGCCCCGACAUCCAGCCCCGGCACAUCGUGGUGUCCUGCGCCGCCGGCGUCACCAUCAGCUCCAUCGAGAAGAAACUCUCUACCUUCUGCCCCACACCAAAAGUGAUCCGGUGCAUGACCAACACCCCAGUGAUUGUGCGGGAAGGCGCUACGGUCUACGCCACCGGGACCCACGCGGAUGUGGAGGACGGGAAGCUCUUGGAGCAGCUGAUGGCCAGCGUGGGCUUCUGCACCGAGGUGGAGGAGGACCUGAUCGACGCCGUGACGGGGCUGAGUGGCAGCGGCCCUGCGUAUGCGUUCACCGCCCUGGAUGCUCUCGCGGAUGGGGGAGUGAAGAUGGGGCUGCCCCGCAGGCUGGCUGUGCGGCUGGGAGCGCAGGCGCUGCUGGGCGCUGCCAAAAUGCUGCUGGAGUCGGAGCAGCACCCGGGGCAGCUGAAGGACAACGUCUGCUCGCCCGGGGGAGCCACCAUCCACGCCCUGCACUUCCUGGAGAGCGGGGGCUUUCGCUCGCUCCUCAUCAACGCGGUGGAGGCUUCCUGCAUCCGGACGAGGGAGCUGCAGCAUUUGGCAGACCAAGAGAAGAUCUCCCCAGCAGCCAUAAAGAAGACUCUGCUGGACAAGGUGAAGCUGGAGUCCCCCUCUCUGUCGGUGGCCUCUGCCAGCAAGGUCAGCUUGUUCACCAGCAAGAGCCCCAGCAGCAAGAAGAACUGACCGUGCUCUGCAGCCCAGCUCUGCGGGCACCGGCCUCCCCCUGCGCUUUCUCUUUUGUCCAAGGAAAA